AUGACUUCUCCUGCUAAAGAAGGAAGUAAUCCAGCUAACAAUGCUCAAAAUUUUAAAAAUGAGACUCAAAAUGAUUUUAUUACAGAUAUAGAGCCUUCAUUUGAUUUCCCAAUGAACAGGGAAGUAGAACUGCCAUCCUCCCAGGAAUAUGCUGUUCCUCAAGCAACAGAAAGCAAUGAGUUUGAUGGAAAGGAGACCCAAAAAGAUUCUCAAAAAGAAGAUUUAAAAGAAGAGUCCCUUCUAGUGCAGAUUCCCAUUCCUAGAAAAUGGGAUUUUUUUCAUGUCAGGAUUAGGGAUAGAGCAAGUUUCUAAUCAGGAAAAGUUGAGAGGGAAAUAAGUGAUUUCUUUCAUAAUAGUAUAUAUUACAAAAUUUCUCUCCAACUCUCAAUUUCAUGUAUAAUCCCAUUUAUUAGCAAACAUGAGAUGAGAAGAAUAAUUAUCCGUCUGCUGUGUGGGAGACUUUUCUCUCAGGCUACAGGUUGUCAAAAUACCAUGUUGGUGAAACAAAAAUAUAUAGCUUUUCUUCCUCAUCCAAAUGUCCUCACUCAUGGGGAGAGAACCAUAACAUUUGGAAGAUUUUUGAAGGGGUCCUACUACUGUCCUCUCUUUGAAAGACUGACAUCAGGAAAAUUUUUGAUGGUAGAGGGUCUUUCCUUGAUGUUGAAUGUUGCUGACUAA